UAACCUUGUGACGUUUUGGGGCCUCCAGUGCGAUAGUGGUGGCUCGGCCUUUUUUUUUUUUUUCCUCCUACACCUCGUCGUCGACUACGCGGUGCUCUGGGAUGUGCGGUGCUCGGGUCCCGAGAUGUGAUCGUGGUGAACCGAAAAUCGUGCGCGCAUGCGGUUUCGACGCCGCCGCUGGGAAAGUGUCGGCGCCUCGUAACGAGGCUUAGCUCGCAGAGGGCCCCCGCAAAGUGAACCCACACCCGAUGAACGUCAGGUGAGGAGCUCGCGUGUGUGUGCGUGUGUGUGAGGCGGCCCGCCGCUUUUGCGCGCGCGCGCUCUGCCGAAGAGUCAUGGAAAAGCUUCACAAGGAACCCGGCGACUACACCAAGGACUCUUCGUCGUUUACGCUCGAGCUACAAAAGUUCCACGAAAGCCGAGGGAGUCCGUUCCGUCACGCACCCCGGAUAAACGGCCGACAAGUGGAUCUAUUCGCCCUGUACAACAGCGUGACGGCAAUCGGCGGAUGGCAGAAGGUGAACGACCUACUCAAGUGGGAUUACAUUCUCGACAAACUCAACUUUCCGAAGGCGUGCGCCAAUGCAUCGCUCGCUCUGCGGCAAGUCUACGUCCGGUACCUCAGCCUGUUUGAGAAGGUGCACUUCCUGGGUGAAGAUGCGGACGAGGAGGCCGACCCUGGCACGGAGUCGCGCAGUGGCCGCAAGAGCACUGGCGCGGCGCUGGUCCAGGUGCCCAUGUCCUACAACCGGGCACAGCACGACAUCCCUGAGAGCCAGCGGCUCGUGCUGGGCCUGGCACCCUGCGCGGGCCCGUCGCCGGAGUACAACAAGCUCUGCAUGUCCCUCCUGAGCGGCCUGCCCAAUGAGGAGGCCCUCACCCUGAAUGUGUGCACGCUGCUCUCCAACGAGGGUCGGCACAGCCUCAAGCUGGACCGGAUGCCCCGGCUCGUCGACCUCCUGCUCUCCCAGGCGGGGCUCUUCCCGGCAGAUGACCCGACCUUGCGGCCGAUGUUGCUGGAAAGCUGGCAGGGGGUGGAGGGUCGGCGGAUGGAGCGUUUCUGGGAGGACAAUUUGGAUGCAGAGACGAUAGCUCUAUAUAAUAUUGGCAGAGGUAGCAAAGAUGAAGAGGACGAGCUUUUUAACUUAAAUUAUGAAGUAGGAACGCGGAGUAUAGAAGGCCAAAGAGUGUUAAGGAUUGCACUGAUUUUCCACAACCUCUCGUUCGAAGAGCGCAACGCUGUCAUCUUGGCGAAGAACCGGACAUUCAUCAGGUUCGUCAUGCUGUCCGCCUUGAGCCGUUGGUCUACGUUGCGACAGGUGGCUUUGGAUACGAUUGGAAACUUGGCUGCCAAGUUGGUGCUGUACCCCGCGCUGGACGAAGAUGAGGACGAGGCUUCGUCCGGCCACCACUGCUACGAGGACCUGGCGGGCGAGCGGCAGCGCUGGUCCUGCUCGCUGCUGCGGCUGACCCGCGAGGGGAUCCAGUCGCAGGACCGGUACCUGGUUGUCCGCUGCCUCGACAUCCUGGCCCGUCUCUGCCGCCAGGAGCGCAACGCGGAGCCCCUGCUGGCCGCGCUGGACACGCCUCUGUGUCGGCGCGUCUUCGAGCUCCUCACCGUGCACGACCUGAUGCUGCUUAUCUACGCGCUCGAGGCCCUUUACAUGCUCAGCGAGCUCGGCCGCGACGCCUGCGAGCGCAUGCUCCUCGUCCACCGGUCCAUGGGGAUUCUGGUCAGCCUCCUGACGCUGGACCCUCUGGUCUACGGACCGCUCGCCCAGAAGGGGAUGAAGCUCAUCGAGACCAUUGACCCGCUCCUGCCUCCGCCGCAAGUUCCGGCGGCGGCUAACAACCCGGCCGCCACUCCGACAUCGCUGCCGAUGUCAGCGCCGUUGACUCCAUCCAUGGUCUCCACUGGCGGAAGCACGGUAGGGAUGAACGCGCCGGGAACGACGACGGGCGUGACGGGGACGACAGGGCCUGGACCGGGGGUGGGCCCACCAGCGGUGGGCACCUCUGUGACUGCGGCUACGGGGCUCGCAACGACCGCGGCGCCCCAGAGCGACCCCAUGGACACUGAGGCGUUUGCGGGAACGUGGGUGCGCGCCAUGUACGAGCCGGCACCACCGGGCUGCAUGGUGGCGCGCAACGACAUCUACGCGGAGUACGUGACGUUCUGCAGCAAGGCGGGAAGGAAGAGUGUGAUCAGCGCGGCGGUGUUUUCCAACUGUGUCAAAGCGGUGUACACACAGACAGGUCUCCGGCGGGUGGACGGUGCGAACGGCGUUGUGAGCUUUCAUCACGACGGCCUCCGCAAGCGGCUCAACCCGUUACCGGUGCCAAUUCAAGUGACCAGCUGCCUCAGCAUCAGCACACAAGCUGCGGCCACGACACUGCGCACGCCACUUGCGAGCGGCGGCACAGCGUCUAGCCACAGCCCGAUCCUGAAGGCUCAGCUGUCAGCACCGCUCCGGGCUCUGACACCACCAGGGAACCAGGUUUCCCCACCUCCUUCACCCGCCACAACGGCGCCGCCGGUCGCGGGCACGCCUCCGGCACCUCCGCCACCCGGCGGUGCACCGCCCGGCGGGUCGAGCAACCUCAUCAAGAGCUUGUUGGCCAACAAGGUGUCCCGCAACCUUCAGCGGCACCAGCAAAUGCAGCAGCAGCAGCAGCAGUCGACGGUGGUGACAAGUGCGGAUGCAGAGGCGACACCGGUGACAGCCGGGACACCCGUAUUGGCCAACAGCGCUGCACCGACCAGAACGCCCGAACCAGUUCGACGGGAGGUGAACCCAGCCUCCGCAGUCAGCUCCCACCAACCACAACACCACCACCACCAGCCCGCAGUCACAGCACAGUCUUUCAGCUUCGUGUCAACCACGUCUUCAGUCGCCUCAACCGUGACCGCAGGCACACUGACGGCCCAAACCACUCAGCAGACGACGACCUGUCUCACGUCUGCGCUUCAAGCCAAGCUCCAGCAGCAGCCACAGGUUUUGGCCCACAACUCUGUCCAGCCUCAAACCCAGGUGCAGAGUCUUGGGACUGCUUUGCAUCUGCGGGUUCAGCCGCACGUUCAGGUUCAGGUUCCGACCGUUCACGCGCAGCCUCAGAUCCAGGUCCAGGUGCCAACAUCAGCAGCUCAGGCACAGCAGGCACAAGUGCAGGGGCAGGUCCCAACUUCUGUUGUUCAGGCGCAGCAGGCUCAAGUGCAGAUGCAGGUACCAACCUCGGCAGCUCAGACUCCACAUGCGCAAGUCCAAGUGCAAGUUCCAACAUCGGUGGCCCAGAUGCUGCAGACACAAGUACAAGCCCCUAGUUCAGCGAUUCAGGUGCAACAGGUGCAGAUGCAAGUACCGAACUCGGUGGUACAGGGGCAGCAGAUCCAGGUGCAGAUUCCGACCUCCGCUGCUCAGGCUCAGCAAGCACAAAUUCAGAUGCAAGUACCAGCCUCGACAGUUCAGAUGCAAGUUCCAACCACGACGUUCCAGGCGCAAGUUGCAACGGGUGCGAACCAAGUGACACCCUCGUCUGCACCAGUGCAGGUUCAACUUCCAGCAGCUGCAGUGCAGGCUGCACAGCAGCGACAGAUUCAGGUGCAGGUGCCCAUGGUUCAAGCGCAGCAGCACAUUCAGGUUCAGGUUCCCACUUCAGCCAUUCAGCCGCAGCAGGUUCAGGUGCAAGUUCCGAGUUCAACCUUUCAGCAGCAGCAAAUUCAGGUGCAGGUUCCGAAUUCGUCGGUGCAGACGCAGCAGGUUCAGGUUGCGGGAACCCCCGCCGUGCAGGCACAGUUUCAGCAGCAGGUGCAGGUCCAUGCAACGCCGGUCGUGCAGACUCAAGUUCAGCAGCACCAGGUUCAGGUUCAGGUGCCGACCCAAAUCUGCCAGACGCCGCUGCACACGCAAGUUCAGACGGCAGCGGGUCCAGUGUUGAUUCAGUCUACACAGCCAGCGACAGUGGUCCAAGGACAACCUGCGCAGGUCGUGGUAUCCAUGGCACCGACGAGUCAGGUACCGGCAUCCAUUUCGGUGCCGUCCGUCUCGGUCCAGACAUCAAUGCCUGUCCAGACACCUCUGCAAGUCACAUUCUCGACGCCGGUUUCCACACCGCUUCUGGCCUCGGCCAUUGCCUCUGCCCAGAGUUCUGUGCAGUCGUCGGUGUCUGCAGUUGGCCUGACUCAGACUUUGCCCACGAGUCUGGCUACCAACGUGACAUCUAAUUUGGCCUCCGGCCAGACCGUUGUAAUGGCUCCGAACCUGGCAUCGAACUUGGGCGGGGGCUCGGCGGUGGUUGUGGGUUCGGCACUGCCUUCGAACCCGGUCAUGGCGCAGGGCACGUCUCUAGCUGCGAGCCUGGCCUCUGGUGGCGGUUUGCCACCGGGAGCCACCAUCGUGAUGGUGCCCAACUCGGCCACGGGCAUCACAACGGGAAUGCUGGUGGUGCGACCACAAGGGAAAAUGCCUGCCGGUGCUGUAAAUGCCGCCCUUCUAGCAAGGAGCCAAGCCGUAGCCAAUGCCAUCAAUGCUGGUGCCAGGGGACCACUCAUAGUGUCCACCCGGCCCAAUGGCUUCCAGCGAGACAUCGUCAUGGAGGUGUCGAUGCCUCCCGAGUACAAGCAAGAACUGCCUCCUUCCACGCAACAGCAGGUGUCUGCAACAGCCGCGGAUCACCCUGUCCACAACCACGUUGGAGAAAAUGGUGCAACCGCCAACUCGACCCCCGCGACGACCACGACAGCCCACAAGUGCAUUGCCAUUCUUCCGAGCACAACCACCACCUCUGGAAUGGCUGCUGAAACGAAACCCGUCGAGAGCGUAGUGUACAAGAGCUCGCCGCUCCUCAACGGCCUUUUAGACAAGGGUAAAGUGCCGCUGGCUAUGGAUUCUGCGACAAUGCAGAACGGAAGCGCGGAAGACGAGAUGGCACAGCACGCCGAUGGCUCCACCCCAAUGGCGAUAUCGGAAGAUGUCAAUGUGGCGGUGACCAAUGGCACGGGCACCCUGGCAAAGACGAUGACAUCGUCAGACCUGUCGCCGAUUCAGGACAUCGUGGGGUCGAUGGAGAGCGCGUCGAAAGUGAUCUCGCGCUCCGGCGUCGACGUCGCCGCUUCGCCGGCAUUGAAGCGGACGGCGGAGCCGGAUGGAGGCGGAGGCUGCGCAAAGCGGCUCCGGCUGGAAGAUUCGAGCGAGUCGACAUUCCAAGCGGGCGACGCCACCGAGAGGCAGGGGUCGCCGCCCGCAUCUAUCGCACCUGCCUCUCUGCAGCAGCAGUCGGUCGUCGUGAUGGCGCGGACCGAGGGAGGAGGAGCGCAGCAUGUCGUGGUCCAGCAAAGCGUGAUCCAACAAAACGUGACACAGCACAGUACAACUCAGCAGCAGGGUGGCAGCGUGGUCCAGCUCGGCUGCACCCACCAAGCGCUAGUGCAGCCGAAGACGCAGCCACAGACGUUGCUGGCCCCGUCGGCAACACCGCAGGUGCUGCGGGUUGUUACGACGUCAGCAGCGGCAGUUCCGCAGCCCAAUCUGGUGAAACUCUUGAGCACGAUGGACUCCUCAAAAACUGUUGUCACUACGGUGGCGGCAGUAAGUGCCGCGUCGACGACGAGUGCGACGGCAACCGUGGCGGCAGGGACGACGACCCCGGUGUCUACGCAGCCCGCGGAAGUGAAACCCGUCGCAACAGCGUCUAAGACUGUAGUGGUUGAUGGGGAGAAGAAGGCGCCAGUGGCGACGUCGUCCGCAGCCGCCCACCACCACCACCACCACCAUCACCAUCACAAGGCAGCAAAAUUAGUCUACCAUUGCGAGUGGAAAGGGUGUGAUCGGACAUUCUCGACACCGAGUGCAGUAUUCUACCACGCCUGCAAGGUGCACAUACCGGAGGCCGACAACGAUGUCCAGUGUCAGUGGGACUCGUGCGACGACAUGAAGCGACGCAGGCUCUCGCUGUUCACGCACCUGCAGGAUCGUCACUGCAACGAGCAGGUGCUACAAAUCCAGGCAGUUCGGCGGCAGCAGAUCUCGCAGUUUGGCAAGGCAUCCUUGCCGCCACCAGCGCAGCCGCCCCCACACCCUGGCUACGCGCCAGACGCCGCCUUGCUUGCCAUCCGGAGACAUGCCCUGGCCUACUACAACCACCGCGACGCCUCGGACGAAAAGGAGUCGGCGUUGGCCAAGAGCAUACGGCUCACUUCUGCCCUCAUCAUACGGAAUCUCGCUACCUAUUCGUCGCGAGCAAGACGUUACCUACGGCGGUACGAGCAACAGCUGUCAACAGUGGCCAUGUCCCCGUUGGAGUCGUCACGGACUAUUGCCCAGUGCUUGCUCGAAAUGUCGCGGGUGCCGACACCGGAUUGAACAAGCACCGAGUGCGAGGUAGAAAAAAAAAACUAUGCUACAAAGCUACUGCAGAGUUGCGCCACGCCGGAGUGAACGCACGUGUAAAUCGUACCACCCACCACUGGUGCAAGAGACCUAGUGUUGUUCGCGAGUGUGGUGUUGUGUGUGGCGGCGGCAACGAAGCAAAGGACUUCACGAUCGGCUGCGGGGGAAACGUCGCGAUAGGCAGCUCUCGACAGCUCCUGACAACCGCUCGGCGGACUUUCGACCGUGUACAGACAGAAAGGUGGAAGUGCGUGACGGAACAGCGACGUUACGCCGGAGGUGGGCGUGAAAAAAAGAGUGGACAUUCUACGUGACGAAGAAGAGCGUUUACGCGAUUGAAAGAGCAAGAGAAACUUCCCUACGUGCCUCGAUCAAGCGACGGUGGAAAAAAUGUGUUGAAGCCCGUCGCGUCUCGAUUCUUUUUUUUUUUUCUCUCUCUCUCUCUCUUUGCUACCCUUCGUCAUUUAAAGCAUUGUGUGGUGGCAGCAGGACGAAAGUGACGUCGGCGUCAUAUCAAACUGAAACAGGAAAAAAAAUAUCUCGCAUACCAUCAGUUUCAACAAUUUCUUUUUUGUUCAUUUGUUACCGGAACACUCUUUUUGUUGCUUUCUUAAACUUUUUUUUUGCGUUUUUUUCCCCGACAGUUUGGUCUGUUUCGAAGUUGUGCUUCAUGUAUGAGGGCAAGAGGUCGCCACUUCGUGAGGGCAAACGAAAACUCGCGGCUGCAGGACCGAUGAGAACGGGGAAGAGAGUUUUUUUAAAAAAUGACAUUGCCGCAGACUUGAAAAAGUCCUGUGCGGAGUUCAUGCUUUUUUUUUUUCCGUUUUUAAGUGGUCUGCUCUUCAUUCAGUCCCACUGCGUUUAUCCCUCGGUCAUCAGAAGCACGGCUCAUUUGCCGGUUUUAUUUAAAACUUUAUUUAUCGUCACAUGAGGGAGGGACACACACAUAAAAAAAAAUUUCAUAGUUUCGACGCACUGUACCCUACCAUCUUGUUCCCUUGUCCGGACGUCAUGUGCUGGUUCGACAUCUUAAGCACCCCCAUUGUCUUUUUUCUUCGCUUUUUUUUUUUACUGCUUGGCCAUUCUUCAAAAAUCAUGUCCAAAGUUUACAUUGCAGGCCGCUUAGUGUGAUCGUGUUCAAUUCUGUGAGUGUGCAGUUUGGAAUUACGUUGAAACAUUUGAGAGCAUUUUGUUGAUAAUUAAGUUGAAAUUUGAUGGCUGCUACAUAUUCGAAGGUGAGAUUUCUGAGAGCUGUGCAGAGAGUAGCAUGGAUGUCAGACCAGGCAGGUACACCGUUCUUACUUUUUGUAAAUUGUGCUUGAGAAGAUUAAUGCCCCGAAAGGAUAAAAAGGCUACCUAGAUCAACUUAUCACCCUGCUUUUUCAUGUUUGUGUUGAAAUAAUUUUAGUUUUUUGUGUUCUUUGCAAAUUCUAGCCUUUCCAGAGGAGGAGACAUGAUGUCAUUAGCUUCGCCUUGUGCGCUUCACUUUCUUUCAUAAUGCGUGGAAUUUACGUUUUGUACGUGCUUCGUUCUCGCCUCUCAUUUUAAGUCUUAUGGAAGAGCCUUUCCCUGUUCACCCAAGAAAAGGAAAAGCUCGCAAAAGAAACAUGCAAUGCAUUCACACAGAAAGGAUUGCAUCGUUAUAAAUGUUGUAGCACAGAAAGGCAGCACUUAUGUGUGAUCAGUUACAAUUGUUUUUAGAUGGGACGUUUCAAAGUAGGGUACGUUGAUGAACUUGGAUCAGCGGUGGGCCUGAAUUUUGGGAAAGUUGUGUUCUCUAGACCAAUGACGGUCAUGUUCUGGAGCACACCUCGAACGAUUUCUUCCGUGGUUCCACCAGAGAAAAACAACACCACCAUUUGGUUGUCAUUGUCGAGCUCACCGGUAAUGCACGUCGGGUGACAGCUGAACUUAAUUAACAGCUCGACAGCUACUCACAGGCAACCUAAUUACGUGUAAGUCUCUUAAGCGGCCUGUUUCACGCCUGAAAUUGUUGAUAGGCGUGGCUGGUACAUGUUUGCAUUCAGUAAUGCCGCCAGGCAAUUGCCGAGAUAAGUAAGUUAGGAAUGUAGAGCUUUUAAUGGCUACAUUAAGGCACAGAUGUUUGAGGUGUGUGGCCAACAACACGGGAGAACUUGAGUUUGAGGUGUUUUUAAAGCAUCCCUCUAAGUUAACCUUCAGUGGUUCAUCGAAAGUUGAUCCCAGCGAUGUCAUGCAAAGAUUUACAAGUUUGACCUUGUCAACAGCUUACUGUAAAGGCAUUUAGACAUAAGUGAGCCAACUGUAAUGUCAGUGCAGCCAUGUUGGUCUCAGACUCUUGAGACGAAGGAAUGGGUACAUGCCGGGAUGGCUGCACCGAGGCAGAAAAAGGAUGCAGCUGGGUACUGAGUGAAGGACUAGCUAGGCACUGUCGUUUAUUCAUGCCAGUGAGCUUUUAUGCAUAGGUUCCCCCCCCCCCUCCCUGGGUGCAAUGAAGCUUAUUUUGGAAGCGAAACCCACUACAAAACUAGUAUUAGUAGACUAAUCAAAUAGCAUCAAUAGUUGUUUGACAUCUCCCUUACCUCUCGUGCCUCAGAGUUACUUUAUAAAGCAAGGCAUUGGUAGACUCGGCUCCGAAAAUACCCAGCGACAAUAUCAAAUGUGCUGCUCCGCCGUGACACUCCUGUAAUCUGUAAAUUCACUUGUCCGUAUUGUUACGGAAAUUUAAUGGAGAUGAUGCGGAAUCUGCAUAUCCUCCGUAAAAUUUAUACGGAAAUCAUGCGGAAUUAUUGGUGUGCCAUGUGUAAAAUUGAUACGGAAAUCAUAUGGACUUAUUUGUACGGUAUACAGAACUUUUCGAUAAGGAACCUCUAACACAGUAAUGGGCCCAUUCUGAAAGUACUCCUGGCUACGAAAGCUUGGGAAAUGUAAAUCAACUAUUGAUAAGGGGAUUCGAGUGCAAAGUGUUUUACAAUGCCGCUUUAUGAUCAUCGGGCCAUAAUUUUGUAAUGGACUUUUUUGGCAUUUGCUUGGUUUGGCUUGAGAGUAGGAAAUGGUAUCACGAAGGAACUUGUCUAUCUGGCCGUUACAGAUGAACAAUAGCAAAGUUAGAAAGCUACUUCGCCUUGGAGCAGCACUACUAAUUGCUUGGUGGAAUUCUACAGGAGGAUUGCGUUCAGGUGUGCUCGUGGAUGUGUUUGUUUGCUUUGGUGACAAAAACAAAAUGUGGCUGUGUUUUCUUUUUUUUUCCUCUGAUUUACGUUUUUUGGCAGCUGCGCAAGGUAAUGUAAUCUAUUGCAGCUUUCCUUUGUUCCAUGUACUUUCACACACCUUUCUUGUUGCUGAAAAAGAAGUGAUGUGAAAACUGCGUUUGUCCGUUUUUUUUUAUUGUUCCUUGACAGUGUUCACAAAUACCCUUACCCUGUAAAAGCACCCAUAUUUUGUUAUUCCCAGUUUACCUACUAAUGUCCAAGCUCUCUGAAACAAGAGUGCUUUCUGAACACAGCUUCGACAUGGUGAUGUCCUCUUCUGGCAGUUGGUUUCAUUGUUUUUUAGCCAGUGUCUUUAAUUAGAUGUUUCCAUUCUUUUUUUCCCGGUGAAGGCCUUGUGCUGUGCUGUCACUGUAAAACUUAAUUUCGAAACGCCUCAGCUUUCAGGCGUCAUAACUUGGGAGGUUUUGGAGAAUGAAAGCAUACCUGUAUCGGCCUGUCAGUGACUUCAGUAUGAAUCUCUGUGCUUUUUUUUUUACCCCGCUUCACGUGAGCACCCCCGUAGUACUGCAAAGCCAGGUAUUCAGUCAGAUUGGUGAGCCCUUGUAGUUGGCACUGUUUUAAAUGUACCGCCCUCUACACCACCCGUGUUCCGUGCAUCCCCCUGUAACCCUCUUGUUGUUUCGUUUUCUUUACCAACGUGGAAGGUAGCUUUAUUUUGAGUUGUGGCCAUUCUAAGCUGCACGGUAAUAUGGUAAUCUUCCACUUCAACCACGGAGGAUAAUAAGUACAACAGUUGCAUGUUUUUUUGCUGAGCAGAAAGGCCUACUCCACAAUCAGGCGCAUGUUCGCGGAACGACACAUUAAUAAUUUUAUUCCAAAUGUCUCACCUGUGCAUUGUGCAUCUUGAAUCCAUCAUAAAUGUUUUCCUCCUGGUUUGUUUUUCUUUACUGAAACGUUCCCUCGUGCAGUCGAAUAAUUCCGUACGUUUCCUGUGCUAUUUAUUACAGAAGAAACGCAUAGCUGAUGCUGAGUCAUGGAUGAGACGAAUGCGUAAUUGAGUAUUAAUGCGGCCUACUGAAGCGGGCCUCGGUAGCAUUGUAAUUUCUUCCGCUACUUCCGGUUCACCUGAACGUCAAAAUUUUCCCGAGCUUGGUUGUCUUGUACUGUCGCUCGAGUCGCGUGCUUCGUUGCGAGUCAAAUCUUUGCUGCGCCCUUCGUUCUUUCCGUUACAUUUUCACAUUUUCUGGUUUUUCGUUUGAGGAAACACGAAGGCUACUCUGCGUCUUCACUGCGUCUUAAAAAUCAUCGUCUCCGAUGCCCACAUGUUGCAGAGAUUUUCCCAGUGCUAAUUAUCGAACGUGCAUCCCUGUUCAAACACCUUUUUCCUCACACACCGCAUACCCUCCCUCAAACCCUACGUCACUGACAACUUGUCUGGAUGCACCGAGUUCACAUACACAUUAUUGCAGUUAAUAUUAUUGUAUUAUGAUUGCCGCGUCUAUUUCUGUAUAUAUAUGCAUACGAUGGUGAUGAACGAGAAAAAUUUAUACACAGAGUGAAGAGAAAUUGGUUAAUAAAAUGUUUUUUGGCCAUCUCA